CUUCUUCUUUAAUCUUUAUGCCCCUCCACAGUUUGAAGAUCCAGAAAUGAAAGAGGCAAGCUUCGUGGGCACCCUUGUAUCACCCAUUUCUCCAAUGAUAAGCCUCAUCUGCAUCCUCGUCUUUUUCUUUCUACUUAGAAAAUCCUAUGGUGCGGACGACCCACACUUCAUAAGGUGCAGUGUUCCCAAAAAUUGUGGCGAUGGCCAAAACAUAACAUUUCCCUUCUUCAUCCAAGGUAGCCAGCACGAAAACUACUUUUGUGGCCAAACUGGAUUCCCGGUCUCUUGCAAAACCAAUGGCCAACCUACUAUCACCAUAGCCGGUAUCAACUACACCAUCCACCAAAUUUUCGACCAAAACCAGACCAUUCGCGUCUCAAACCCUGACUUUUCUAAUUCAAACACCGAUUGCUUUUCUUUAACAAAAAACAUAUCCCUUCCCGGUGUACAAUUCGAGUUAGUACCAAAUCAAAGCAAUCUAUUUCUGCUUUAUAAUUGCAGCAAUAACUCUUCGUCGCUUCCCAGUGAUUUACAUUUUUAUACCGGUUGUCAUGGGGAAAAGAUUCUGGCCCUGUCUCAAGGCGACCCGAAGCUGGGAGACGUGUCAAACGAGUGCAAAACUCGGGUGGUAGCACCAGUUGAAGCUACUUAUGGGGUUGAGAAUAACGAUGAGAUUAGAGGGGCCCUGGAAAAUGGGUUUUGGCUGAAAUGGAAGGCCACCACCGUCUGCAGCCUUUGCGAGGAAAGUGGAGGGUUUUGUGGGUCCGAGGUCGACGGCAACAGUAGCUACGGUUACCGGUGCUUCUGCGCCGAUAGACCUCACCGUGUGCGCUGUAAAAUUCCUGCUUCUGUUGCAGGGAGUAACAAAACGAUACUGGCGAUAGCAUUAGCUAUAUCUGCUGGAAUUGGAGCUGUGAUGGUUGUAAUCUGCUGCAUCAGGGGAAAGUUCUCAUCCAACAAAAUUAUUUAUUUUUGGAAGAAGGAAAGUCGAAACCAUCAAACUAUCAAGGCCUUUCUAAGGAACCAUGGGCCUAUUGCUAUUAGAAGAUACAGUUAUUCAGAUGUCAAAAAAAUAACCAACUUCUUUAGAGAUAAAUUAGGCGAAGGGGGAUAUGGUGGUGUCUACAAAGGGAAGUUACAAGAUGGUUGUCUCGUGGCAGUGAAGGUUCUGAAAGAAUCAAGAGGUAAUGGAGAGGAAUUCAUUAAUGAGGUUGCAAGCAUUAGUAGGACCUCCCAUGUCAACAUUGUUACUCUUAUGGGCUUUUGCUUUGAGGGUUCCAAAAGAGCUCUCAUCUAUGAGUUUAUGCCAAACGGAUCUCUCGAGAAGUUCAUAUAUAAAGAAAAUCCCUCAAUGGGCACUAAUCGUCAAUUGGAAUGGAUAACAUUAUACAAUAUUGCACUUGGCAUUGCUCGAGGAUUAGAAUACUUGCAUAGAGGUUGCAACACAAGAAUCUUGCAUUUUGAUAUAAAGCCUCACAAUAUUCUUUUGGAUGAGAACUACUGUCCAAAGAUUUCUGAUUUUGGUCUUGCAAAAAUAUGCCCUAGAGAAAAGAGUAUCAUAUCAAUCUUAGGUGCAAGAGGGACUCCAGGAUAUAUAGCUCCAGAAGUAUUUUCUAGAAAUUUUGGUAGAAUUUCUCACAAGUCCGACGUUUAUAGCUACGGAAUGAUGAUUUUUGAAAUGGUUGGAGGAAGAAGGAAUAUAAAUGUCGAGGUUGAUCGUACCAGUGAAAUAUUUUUUCCGCAUUGGAUUUAUAAGCGUCUUGAACACAAUGAAGAUCUAGGACUGCUGGGCCUUAUGAAUGAAGAAGAUCACAAAUGUGCAAAGAAGAUGAUAGUAGUGAGUUUGUGGUGCAUACAGGCUGACCCUUCAAGCCGACCACCAAUGAGUAGAGUUAUGAAUAUGUUGGAAGGGAGUCUUGAAUCCUUGCAAGUACCAUCCAAGCCUUUUUUGUCUUCGCCAUCAAGAUCACCAGAAGAUUCUUCGACAACAAGGGGUUCAAUACAGUAUGAUUCUGAAAUGCCUUUAAAUGCAUCUUUUCUUUAAAAAAAAAAAUUCUAAUGUUUGAGUAGCAAGUAGCAUCUUUUAUUAGUUUGUGGAUGUGUGUUACAGUUACAGAAUUAAGUAACAUUGAGUGUCGAAACUAUGGGAUGAUAUAUGCCGUGAUAGCUUCCAUCAUGAAUUUAUAUUGCCGUGUCAGAUCAAUUUUCAAUGGGUCGUUA